AUGGCAAAAACUACAGUUGAUAAUCUAGCUUAUAUAGAUGAUUACAUUGAUAUUUUAGAGGCACUUCAUACAGAACUUCAAAAAAACUUUACACUUUUAAAAGAAAUGGAUGGCUAUGCACAAGAAUCAACUUCUUUAACAGCAAAAGCAGCUAUUGACUUGAUUGAUACAAUUGAUACAUUAGAUGCUAACGAUAGAUUUACUCAAUUAAAAAAUCUUAUCACAUUAUUAGAAGAGACAGUACAAAGAAGUAGUGAAAAAUCUGCUUUGGCAAAAGUGACUUUAGAUGCCGUUCGUAUAUCAUCAAAUGCAGAUUUAGUCAAAUUUGAAGAAAAUCAACCUAUUGGCUCGCAACGUAUAAUAACUUUACCAGGUUUAGCACCUUCCUCAAGAAGUUUACGUGAAUAUUCAAAGUUAUCUAUAAAAGAAAAAAAUAUAAAAAAGGGGAAUGAUAAAAGGGAGUUACAACAAUCUAAUACAAAAAAAAGACGAGUAACAAAAGAAGAUAUACAUAACAUUCCAAGAACUAAAAGUAAUAAGCCUCCAUCACCUACAAGAAAGAAUAGCAGCAAUACCAAAUUAAUAAAAUCAGAAAUGCAUAUUGAUCCAAAUGAGCCACUUUAUUGUUAUUGUAAUCAAGUUUCUUAUGGUGAAAUGGUAGCUUGUGAUAAUAUGAAUUGCGAAAUUGAAUGGUUCCAUUUAGCUUGCGUAAACUUAAAGACAGUACCAAAAGGAAAAUGGUACUGUGACUAUUGCACUAAAUAUAAGGGAAAGCAAAAAUGA